CUUCUUCUUCUGAUUCAAAUAAGAGAGAGAGAGAAGUUUGUAAAAAACUUUUGCAGAAGAGAGAGAAUAAACAAAUAACAAUAACAAUAGCACCGCCACGUCGCCGCCGUACUUCGCAACCGGAAUCAUAGUUUUAUCUUUUGCAAAUCCAAAUAAAUAUAUAAAAACCGUCUCUUUCUUUUUAUCUUUGUCUAUACUUUUUUUUUUCUUUGGGGGGGUUUGGGUUUGAUUAUUCUGUCUGUACCCAUGUUCUGCAACAGUUGAGCAAGUGCAUGCCCCAUAUCUUUCUUACUUCUCAUUUCCCCCAUUAAUCAAUCAUAUACUCCUCUUGGGAUCUCAGUUAAACCAAGCUAAGCUUCAAAAGAAGAAGAUCUCUCUCUGUUCUUAAGCUGAAACGACGCUACCUCUUGUCGUUUUUUUAUCUAGCUCGAGAUCUGUGUUUCUUUUUUCUUUUUUCUUGGCUUCUGAGCUUUUUAGCGGUGGUGGGUUUUUCUGGAGAAAACCAAAGGACAAUUAAAGUUUUGAGCUUUUUUUUUUUAAUGGGAGUUAUGAGUGGGAUUGUUACUGGGUGAGUAGUUUACAAGUAUGAAGGAGUUGAAGAAUCGAAGAAGCGGCUUUGAAGUUGGCGCGACCAAGAUUGCGACCUUAUUUGGCUGAUUCAGUUCUGUGAAGGAGAUUAGAAGAAAGCAGUUAUUUUAUAAUUUUUAGGGUUUUUUUUUUUAGAUUGUGAAAAAGAUUUGGUUGGUGAAUGGGUGGGAGGUGGAGGGAAACAGUUAAAAAAAGUUAUGCUUUUUGUGUCUCUUCCUCAUAAUUACAUUUGGGCAUCUUCAGAAAUCUUGGAUCUUUGAAGAAAACUACAAACUUGCAACUUCUUUUUUUUUUUUUUUUUUCCUAUUGCUGUUUGCUUUUAAGUUAUCAAAAUAUGAGAUUGUCUUCAGCUGGGUUUAAUCCUCAACCUCAUGAAGUUACAGGAGAGAAACGAGUUCUUAAUUCUGAGCUCUGGCAUGCUUGCGCUGGUCCUCUUGUUUCACUACCUCCUGUUGGAAGCAGAGUUGUGUAUUUCCCUCAAGGUCACAGUGAGCAGGUCGCUGCUUCGACCAACAAAGAAGUGGAUGCUCAUAUACCAAACUAUCCAAGCUUGCAUCCGCAGCUUAUCUGUCAGCUUCACAAUGUCACAAUGCAUGCUGAUGUGGAGACUGAUGAAGUCUAUGCACAGAUGACUUUACAACCUUUGAAUGCGCAAGAGCAAAAAGAUCCUUACCUUCCAGCGGAAUUAGGUGUCCCGAGUAGACAACCUACAAACUAUUUCUGUAAAACUCUGACUGCUAGCGAUACAAGCACUCAUGGUGGUUUCUCUGUACCUCGCCGAGCUGCUGAGAAAGUUUUCCCUCCCUUGGAUUACUCACAACAGCCUCCAGCUCAAGAGUUGAUGGCGAGGGAUCUGCAUGAUAAUGAAUGGAAAUUCAGGCAUAUAUUCCGAGGCCAACCAAAGAGACAUCUCCUUACUACGGGUUGGAGCGUAUUUGUGAGUGCUAAAAGGCUUGUUGCUGGUGACUCUGUGCUUUUCAUCUGGAACGAUAAGAAUCAAUUGCUUCUUGGUAUAAGGCGAGCGAACAGACCACAAACUGUCAUGCCUUCAUCUGUUUUGUCAAGUGACAGUAUGCAUUUAGGUCUUCUUGCUGCAGCAGCUCAUGCUGCCGCCACAAACAGCCGAUUCACUAUCUUCUAUAACCCAAGGGCGAGUCCAUCAGAGUUCGUUAUACCCCUGGCUAAGUAUGUCAAAGCGGUUUAUCACACUCGUGUCUCUGUUGGCAUGCGGUUUAGGAUGCUGUUUGAAACCGAAGAAUCAAGUGUUCGUCGGUACAUGGGUACAAUAACUGGCAUUUGUGAUCUUGAUCCUACUCGUUGGGCUAAUUCUCAUUGGCGGUCCGUUAAGGUUGGGUGGGACGAGUCUACUGCAGGAGAGAGACAACCGAGGGUUUCCUUGUGGGAAAUUGAACCUUUAACGACAUUCCCAAUGUAUCCAUCUCCUUUCCCUCUCAGGCUUAAACGUCCUUGGCCUCCUGGUCUUCCAUCUUUCCAUGGCCUUAAAGAAGAUGACAUGGGUAUGAGUAUGAGUUCGCCGCUUAUGUGGGACCGUGGACUCCAAUCUGUAAACUUUCAAGGUAUGGGAGUGAACCCGUGGAUGCAGCCGAGGCUUGAUACCUCAGGCUUGCUUGGUAUGCAAAACGAUGUUUACCAAGCAAUGGCUGCAGCUGCACUUCAAGACAUGAGAGGCAUUGAUCCCGCAAAAGCUGCUGCUUCACUUCUUCAGUUCCAAAAUUCUUCGGGAUUCUCAAUGCAAUCUCCGUCCUUAGUGCAGCCGCAGAUGCUGCAACAGCAACUCUCUCAGCAGCAGCAACAACAACUCUCUCAGCAGCAGCAACAACAACUCUCUCAGCAGCAGCAGCAACAGCUCUCUCAGCAUCAGCAGCAGCAGCAGCAACAGGCGUAUCUCGGCGUUCCUGAAACCCACCAGCCGCAGUCUCAGUCUCAGUCACAGUCAAACAAUCUUCUUUCUCAACAGCAGCAGCAGCAAGUAGUGGAUAAUCAUAACCCGUCUGCAUCCAGUCCUGCUGUUGUUUCCACUAUGUCUCAGUUUGGUUCUGCUUCUCAGUCCAACACGUCACCACUCCAGUCCAUGGCUUCUCUGUGUCAUCAACAAAGCUUCUCUGACACCAAUGGAGGAAACAAUCCUAUUUCUCCGCUUCACAGUCUUCUCAGUAACUUCUCUCAAGACGAGUCAUCUCAACUGCUCAACCUCACUAGGACUAACUCUGCAAUGACUUCAUCCGGUUGGCCAUCAAAGCGUCCUGCAGUUGAUUCAUCGUUCCAGUUUGUGAAGGUGUACAAGUCAGGGUCUUUUGGGAGAUCGUUAGAUAUAUCGAAGUUUAGCAGCUACCACGAGCUGCGAAGCGAGCUUGCUCGCAUGUUUGGCCUCGAAGGCCAAUUAGAAGACCCUGUGAGAUCAGGCUGGCAGCUUGUAUUUGUUGACCGAGAGAACGACGUUCUUCUCCUCGGCGAUGACCCUUGGCCGGAGUUUGUGAGCAGCGUGUGGUGCAUUAAGAUAUUGUCACCACAAGAAGUGCAGCAAAUGGGUAAAAGAGGCCUUGAGCUUCUCAAUUCCGCGCCAUCUUCCAACAAUGUCGAUAAGCUCCCGAGCAACGGGAACUGUGAUGACUUUGGGAACAGGUCAGACCCGAGGAAUCUCGGUAACGGUAUCGCAUCAGUUGGGGGUACAUUCAACUACUAGAUGUAGAAAGAAAACCCCAUUCAAGUUAAGUUUCAAUCUUUAUAAAUUAGUAGUGAGAUCCUCUUAGUUUAAUUACUAGCAAUAUCUCUCUUUAUAACUUAUAAAAAAAUGAAGGGAGUUGUGCCUUUGCCUUUGUGGAAACCAAAAAAACUAUAUAAUCCCUCUGUCGUAAUACUGUAAUUAUAAGAUCUUUUGGUCUUUUUUUUUCUUUUUCUUAAUCAUAUGAAUAUUUUUACUCAACUCUGUAUGUCAUUUUCUUUACUCACUUCUUGAAUCAAUGUGAUAGUGAAGUGUUAUUUUGGAGUUA